UUGUCGAAGAGAUAGAAUACCUUUAGAAAAUGCUUGGAGUUGUUUAUUAUUAUUGUUUUUUGCUUCCAUUUCUUUUGGAUUUUGUUUAAUGCAGCUUGCUUCUAAUUGGAAUUAUAAUGAAAAAGAGGGAAGUGUUUCUCUACGUGCUUAUGUUCCUGGAUGGUUACAGAAUUCAGCAUUAACACCAGACUCAUAUUCAAGCAUUCCUGAACUUGGCAAUGGUAGUGCUUUCUCUGGAAGUAAUGGCAGACAUCCAUCUAAUUCAACUUCCCAAUGUUCUUUUGGAACGGGAACUUUUGUUUACAAAAAAUAUUGA